UCCAACAACAACAGCUUGCCAGACACCUCGGCAGCUUUCUAGCAAACAUAGCGACAACAUUCACGCUCUUUACACUGUUUUGGUGUAUAUUAGUCGCUGUGUAUUCAACACACUUCUCUCGUAUGUACUUGUUGGCCCAUUUAAUUAUAUAUUUACGUUGUUUGUCAGCUAGCUGGUUUGCUAAAUUAGUUUAGGACUAGGCUAGUCGCUAAUGCUAACUAGCUAACAUCCCCGAACAUGAGUUCACUAAACUACUCUACUCCUGAUAAAGAAGAGGAGGUCUGCUGGACGGAGAAAGAAGGUCUUGUGAAAGAGGAGGAGGAAGAGAAGGAUGUUACAAUACAAAAACAAGCAGAGGGUGAGGCUGUUACUGUGAAAGAAGAAGAGACAGACGUUUCAGUGAAAGAAGAGGACGACGCGUUCAGAGUGAAAGAGGAGGAUGUUACAGUAAAAGAAGAGGAGGAAGAGAAAGAGGGUGCAGUUUUUAGAGUGACAGAGGAGGAGGAGAUGACUGUCACAUUGGAGGAAGGAGAGGAGGUUGGAGAUCUAGUUAACACCAGAGAGAGACAAGACUUUCUUGGAUCCUCUGUGGAGCCUCAACAACACCAUGAUGCUGAUGAGGCAGAGAAGAGUCUCUCCAGAUCAGAACUCCUCAAGAAACACCAGCGAAUACACACAGGAGAGAAAUCUUACUGCUGCUCUGACUGUGGGAAAAGAUUAAACUCUUCAGUAAAACUUAAAAUACAUCAAAGAAUUCACACUGAAGAGAAACCUUUUGGCUGUACUCUAUGUGGGAAGAGUUUUGUUAGUUCUAGUAAACUGAAGAGACACCAGAGAACACACACAGGAGAGAAACCUUAUAGCUGUGAUCAAUGUGGGAAGAAAUUUACUACAUCUAGCUAUCUAACUAUACACCAGAGAACACACACAGGAGAGAAAUCUUAUACUUGUAAUCAAUGUGUAAAGAGUUUUACUCAGCUAAACAGCCUGAUAGUACACCAGCGGACACACACAGGAGAGAAACGUUAUAGCUGUGAUCAGUGUGGGAAGAGUUUUACUAAAUCUAGCUAUCUACCUAUACACCAGAGAACACACACAGGAGAGAAACCUUAUAUCUGUGCUCAAUGUGGGAAAAGAUUUGCCAGAUCUAGCUAUCUAACUAUACACCAGAGAACACACACAGUAGAGAAAUAUUUUGGCUGUGAUCAAUGUGGGAAGAGAUUUACCAGAUUUAGCUAUCUAACUAUACACCAGAGAACACACACAGGAGAUAAACCAUAUAGCUGUGAUCAAUGUGGGAAGAGUUUCGGUACAUCUGGCUGUCUGACAGAACACCAGAGAACACACACAGGACAGAAUCUUUAUAGCUGUAAUCAGUGUGGGAAGAAAAAUCUGUGACCAGAGAUAAUCUGGUAAAAGAUCUCUGAUUAAACAUCAGAAAAUACAUGUUGUUUCGUGAUAUCAAUGAAAUAAUGUGGAAGUGUUUUUUAGUAACGCCAAAAUGUAGAAUGUUUUAACAUUGGAGUAGCAGUAUUCUAAUGAUGUCACAAUGUAGAAUGUUUUAACAUUGUAGUUGCUGUAUUUUAAUGAUGUCACAAUGUAGAACCCUAAACGUUUGCUCUGAAUUGAGAGUUUUAUGAGAUUUAACAAAAAUAGAGUUGUGUUACACUUACCACGUUGAUGACCCACUUGAAUCAAAAUGCAACACUUCAAAAUGUUUAGGUUUUCAAUAUAUCCCAAACUGUUUCUACAUAUUGGUUAUUGAUUUGGACACGUUAAAAUGUAAUUCAAAAGACGUUGAAAAGACUAUGCCCGACAUCCAAUAUAUGUUCGGUUAUAGUUGAAAGUGAUGUAUUUUCGGGUUGUUUUUUUAAAAAUUACUUGAAAACAACAACAACGUACUUGCAGCCUAUACACAUGGACGCAGUGUAAUGAAUUGGUCUAUAAUCAAUUUUAUUAACAAUCCUUAUAUCCCUCUAGUAUUUGACAACAUUCAAGUGCUAAUUAUCUUUAUUCCACAACUGAAGAAUCAUGAACAAAUCACCUCAUAUUUCAAACAUCCAGCCUGACAAAAGAUACAUGUUUUAUUAUUCCAUGCCUCAUCAUUAAAUUCAUUAUUGCCCACACAUAUUAACAAAGGGGUGUACAUUUGCUUUUGAUAUUUCAUGUUUACAAUUCAUGUUACAUUUAGUAAUCAUAAUUAUUGAUGCAACCGACUGACAAUUUUUGGGUACUAAUUAUAUUGAAAUUGUUAUCCUGCUUUUAGAAUAUCAGGGAUCAUUCUCAGAUGUACCAACCCACAUGUUCUAGAGCAUGACAUUGGGGUCUGGGCCCCGAUCCAACAACAUGCCUAUCGGGAUAUUGCAGGAGUUUGCUCUUGAAAUCAGACACGGCUAAUACAAUUUGAUUUGAGUUUCAUUUGGGCUCGUUCCAAGGGGAUGAGAGUUCUAGAUGCUUCUGAGUUUUAGGAGGACAAGAGUUCUAGAACCUAGUGAGUUUUAGCAGGACGAGAGUUCUAGGAUUCUAUAGAAAGUAAAAGGAGAAAAAAAUGAUAUGAUUGUAUAUAUUUUUUUCAUUUAUGUUUUGUGGUUGGACUUUAGUAUGUCUAGCUCGUUAGCACGUAUGAUGCACUGAUUGGUGUCACCUCGUUAGUCAGUAUGUGUUACACCUGUACUGGCUUGUCCAUCUGGUUAGUGGGAAGGUGUUUCACCUGAGCUUGUCCAGGUUCUAUUUAAGAGUGUCUGGCCCAGUGCUCCAGUUGUCUUGAUAGAUGUGGAGAGUCAACACCUUUUUGGUUUGCUUCCUAUCUAAGUUUGGUGUGGGUUUUUCUUUUGUUUGCCACUUGGGCAGAUUUACUGGGUCUCAUGGUGGGUGUCUUUUAGGUCCCAGUUGUUCUUACUAGUCAACUUUCAGUGGACACCCCUAUAGAGUGUCUUUCAGAACCCCUCCUAAAAAAAAGCUUACAUUUUGGGUUGGAUAUUGCAUCCAAUUAAUAUUUUAAUCAAUGGAAUUUCCUUAUGCUCAUUAGUCUUUCAGUUGUUAGUUCUGUUUUUUAUCUUAUGUUUGUUGUUAAUUUCAGUUUAUUUUCAUUGUGUUGCAUCCAAGUCUGAAAUGUGCUGUAUAAAUAAAGCUUAAUUUGAUUUGAA